AAUUUAUGGACCAAUUAUUCUCGUCAGUUUCAUUCACUAUGGCGAUGCUCAGCGUAACAGUGCUCACCAUCUUGUGGCUUGGGCAAUCAGCCAGGGUGGUUUGGACUCAGGGCCCUCUUCCAGCCCCCUCGCUCUCUUUCUACCGCCCCCGUUUUGGCGGCAACAUCCAACUUUUCUCAGACGUGGAGCUGAUCUGCACACUUCCGACCAAUGUUAGAUUGCCAAUAACUGUCUCUUUUAGCUGGGCCAACCAAUCCCUCUCUGCAAUACAUUCCCUCACCAUACAAAACAGAGAUGAUGUCAGGUUCACCACGAAAGCCAUUGCAGCCAAUGAGGGGAUCUACGUAUGCUGGUACAAUGCCAGCAAUACUGGAGACGUGUCGGGAACAAGCAAUCCAGCCAACCUUACCAUCUCCUCUCUUCCAGGGCCAAUUUUGGUGGUGCCCCCCUUCAUACCCAUCGGAGGAAACUACACCAUCAGCUGCCAAACUACCACCCGCUUCCCCAACAGAACCCUGGCCCUUUACUACAGACAGCUGCCUGUUACUGUGGGAAACGAGAUCUUUAAGCUUCAGGGGUCAGCGGCCCUUCUUGACAGACACGAUUCCAUUACACUGAGCAGGUGGCUAGUGGACGGCACAGAAACCUUCGAGUUUGUCUGCAGACUGGAGAUUGUGGACUUCAACCAGCAUAUUUACCUCUCUCCUCCCUCCAGUCCCCACCCAGCUAUUGCAGAGGAGGCGCCUAUCCGUCUUGUGCCCCAGUAUCAGGGCUCCAAGUGUCUGGGACAACUGGAGGUGCAGGUCAGAGGAAGCUGGGGCCCUGUGUGCCAACAGAUAGAAAGCUGGAACCCGGCAAUGGGUAGUGUGGUUUGUCGAGAGCUGGGCUGUGGGACACUAUCUUCCGUCUCGACGAAGCAAGACUACAACCUUAAGGUUGACUUCUCCAUCGGUUCCAUAUUGUGCAGAGGAAGCGAGGGACGACUCAGGGAGUGUCAGAUUGAUGCGGUGCAGCCCCUUUGUAACUCAAGGAAGGGGGUGAAAAUGGUUUGCUCAGAUGCUCUGCCAACUACUAAGAUCUCAGUCACAGGCUACAGAGAGGUAUCGAGAGUCGACAUCAGUGAUGAGCACUCGUUGGAAUUGUCCUGCAUGUUCAAUGCCCCUUGGUUUGGUACAGAAAAGCUUUUCAUGGACUUGACGAGGGUCUCCAUAGAUUCGUACAUUAACGUAAUCGACAAUGUGCAAAUCGCCUCAGGAGAGAAGAUGAGGACCAUGCUUCAUGCCCCUGUCUUAUCAGGAGAGUAUGCCUGUAGAAUUAGAGGGUCUCAACAGACUGUGUCCUCAGUGAGGAUCUUCGUGAGCAAAUGGUACAAACCAAAUGUCGGACUCAUCAUCACGGCUCUCCUCACAACCGCAUCUGGAGCAGCCAUAUUAGUGUAUAUGUGUGUCUAUCGGGUCCAGAAGGAGGAGACAGAAAAUGCUGUCACUUCUCAAGGGGUGUCCACAGCUGACCCAGAGGCCUCACCAAGAAUAGAGAGUGUCUAGAAACAUGCAGGAAGCCCCCCCCCCC